GACGAAAAUUAAUAGUACUUGGAAAUUAAGAAGAAAACUGGAAAAGUAAGGAAGGAACAGGAAAAUUAAUAAAACUGGAAAAUUAAGAAGAAAAAAACUGAAAAACUAAAAAGCAAAGAAGACAAAUGAAAAAAAAAAAGGAGCCGUUGAAAAAAGGAAAUCUCCCAACAAACAUCAAUACCACGAAGCUCAAGAUCAAGAAGCCAUGGCGGUGUGCAGAGGGUCCUUAUUUUCCCUAUUUUCCCACCACCUGAGGCCCACAGUCACUACCCACCUGCUGCCCGCCACCACCACCACCACCAGGCACUAUGCUAAGCCCAUGGGAGGGUUUGGCAAGAAGGGCAAGUUGAAGCUCGGACCGACGGUGGAGAAAGUCCGCCUGUCCGUGGAGACCGACACAGAGAAGCUGGUGAGUCAAGUGUGCGGCUCCCACCCUGUGAAGGAAGGACGGGAGGACAUCAAGCUGAAGGAUGACGUGGAGUACCCUGAUUGGCUGUGGGAACUGAGGACAGACAAGCCGCCCCCUCUCCGCGACCUGGACCCAAGCACCAAACAGUACUGGAAGCGGCUCAGAGUGCUCGCCAUGAAGGAAAACAACAAACGCAUGAAGCUGAGGAAGUUUUAGUGGGAGAAAACGAUGUGUGGAGAUUUUGUAGGAAGUUUUAGUGAGAUGUAAAGUGUUUUGUGCUGACUGUAGAGA